AUGGCUGCGGUGGCAGAGGGGCUGGAGCCCGAGACAGCAGCUUUAGAAGAUACUGCAAGAGAUGCUACAGAUGCUGUGGACGCAAGGCUGGGGGUGCCCCCUCUCCUGGCUGGGAACCGGCUGAGCCUGGACCUGUACCCCAGGGGCUGCCACCGGCUGCUGCACCUGUGUGCCCAGCAGGUCCGUCAGUUGCUGGAGGUGGAGUUCCUGCAGCUGAGUGGCCACGAGGACCCUCAGCUGCUGCAGGCCACCCUGGCCCAUCUGCCCUGGAGCCUGCCACGCCUCCGCUCCCUGGUCCUCAAAGGUGGGCAACAUCGGGACGCUCUGGGUGCCUGCCUCCGGGGCUCCCUCGCCACGCUGCCCGCCAGCCUGAGUGGCCUGGCCCACUUGGCCCACCUGGACCUGAGCUUCAACAGCCUGGAGACGUUGCCAGCCUGUGUCCCGCAGUUGUGUGGCCUGGAUGCCCUCCUGCUCUCUCAUAACUGCCUCUCAGAGCUGCCUGAGGCCCUGGGGGCCCUCCCCGCCCUCACCUUCCUCGCUGCCACCCACAACCGCCUGCAAACGCUGCCCACAGCACUGGGGUCCUUGUCCAGCCUGCAGCGCCUCGAUCUCUCUGAGAACCUGCUGGAUGCUCUGCCCCCUGAGAUCGGAGGCCUGAGUAGCCUGGCCGAGCUCAACCUCGCCUCCAACCGGCUGCAGGGCCUCCCUGCUUCCCUUGCGGGCCUGCAGUCCCUACGGUUCCUCGUUCUGCACAGCAACCUUCUGGCUUCGGUACCUGCUGGCCUGGCCCACCUCCCGCUGCUCGCCCGGCUCGACCUGAGGGACAAUCAGCUCCGAGACGUGCCCCCCGAGCUACUGGAUGCCCCCUUCGUGCGCCUGCAAGGAAACCCCCUGGGUGGGCCUAGCCCCGACCCCCACAUUCCUCCAGGGAUACCCGUGGUCCCAGAAAUGCCCAGACUGUUGCUGACUUCAGAUCUGGACAGCUUUGCCGUGACCCCCCUAGGCUGCUCUGUGACCCUGGCCUGCGGUGUCCGCCUGCAGUUCCCUGUGGGAGCCACUGCUACCCCUGUUACCAUCCGCUAUCGACUGUGGCUGCCAGAGCCCCGCCUCGCCCCUCUGGGUCCCCACGACUCUCUGCUCAGUGGUGUCCUGGAGCUGCAGCCCCAUGGAGUGGCCUUCCAGAAGGAGGUGGGCCUGUGGCUGCUCUUUGUGCCCCCACGGGCACGGCGUUGCCGUGAGGUGGUGGUCAGGACCCUGAGUGACAAUAGCUGGUGUGACCUGGAGACCCACCUGGAGGAAGAGGCGCCCAAGCGGCUCUGGGCUCACUGCCAGGUGCCUCACUUCUCCUGGUUCCUCGUGGUUUCACGCCCUGUGUCUGACGCCUGCCUGGUGCCACCAGAGGGGACAUUGCUGUGCUCCUCAGGACAUCCUGGGGUCAAGGUCACAUUCCCCCCUGGGGCCACUGAGGAGCCCCGUCAUGCCCGUAUGCAGGUGGUGCGCGUGGGCAGCAGAGAACUGCCGGCCCUGCUGGGAGAGCCUGAGGCGGCCGCCAGCCCCCUGCUCUGCCUCUCCCAGAGCGGCCCCCCAAGCUUCCUUCGGCCAGUCACCGUGCAACUGCCUCUGCCCCCUGGCGUCACAGGCCUGAGUCUGGACCGCUCACACCUGCACCUGCUGUACCGGGCCCCUCCCGCGGCCACCUGGGACGACAUCACGGCGCAGGUGGCGCUGGAGCUCACCCACCUGUACGCUCGCUUCCAGGUCACACGCUUCUCCUGGUACUGGCUCUGGUACACCACCAAGACUUGCGUGGGGGGCCUGGCGCGGAAGGCCUGGGAGCGGCUGCGGCUGCACCGCGUGAGCCUCAUCGCGCUGCAGAGGCGCCGGGACCCCGAGCAGGUCCUGCUGCAGUGCCUGCCCCGCAACAAGGUGGACAGCACCCUGCGGCGGCUGCUGGAGCGCUACCGUGGCCCGGAGCCCUCAGACACCGUGGAGAUGUUUGAGGGUGAGAAAUUCUUCGCUGCCUUCGAGAGGGGCAUCAACGUGGAUGCCGACCGUCCUGACUGUGUGGAGGGCAGGGUGUGCUUCGUGUUCUACUCACACCUCAAGAACCUGAAGGAGGUGUACGUGACCACAACGCUGGACCGGCGGGCUCAGGCCGUGAGGGGCCAGGUGUCCUUCUACCGAGGAGAGGUGCCAGAGGAGGUGCCUGAGGAGGCGGAGGCUGCUCGGCAGAAGAGGGGUGCAGAUGCCCCAUGGAUGGCCACUCUGCCCCUCAAGCUGCCGAGACUGCGGGGAUCCAAGGGCCCAGGGCAGGAGGCUGGCCUCUCCCUGGCACCUCUGAACCUGGGCGACGCCGAGACUGGGUUCCUGACACAGAGCAACCUGCUAAAUGUGGCCGGGCGCCUGGGCCCUGACUGGCCAGCCGUGGCCCUGCACCUGGGUUUGCCCUACCGUGAGCUGCAGCGCAUCCGGCAUGAGUUCCGGGACGACCUGGAUGGGCAGAUCCGCCAUAUGCUCUUCUCCUGGGCUGAGCGCCAGGCCGGGCAGCCAGGGGCUGUGGGGCUUCUCGUGGAGGCCCUGGAGCAGAGUGACCGGCGGGACGUGGCCGAAGAGGUGCGGGCUGUCUUGGAGCUUGGCCGCCGCAAGUACCAGGAGGGCAUCCAGCGCACAAGUCUGGCCCCCGGGGACCUCGGCCCACCUGGUUCUUCAGCAUCACAAUCCCCCGAGCCUGCCCAGACCUAG